UGCAAAUGUGAAGCAUGGACAAGGAAGAAACUUGAUCAAGGAGAAAUGUCUGUAUGAAGAAAAUACCAAACAGUCAGGUUUAGUCCAGAAAAAAAUCCCCCUGACAUUUACUGACCAUAAAAAUCCAUCACCUUCAGAUUUCCACACACAGAAAUGAUGUGUGUGUGUGUGUGGUCGGUGCUUGGGAACUCGUCAGAGAUCCUGCUGUUAAACAUUUGUCCCCAUCUUGCCAGCUGGAGAGCUAAACUUGGUUCGCCUCUGUGUCUUUUUUUAGCCCGCACGUUUUCACGCGAGUCCGGCUGUUGGCUGUGGUUUGAAAAGUAGUUGUUACCAUAACUUUUCUGAAUGAACGCUGCUUUUUCCGGGUCUUUUUGAGCUGGGUCUGAGCUGCAGCUUGCAACAACCAAGCAGGGCCCGUGUGCAGCCGCGGUGUUAACUGGACGCGUGUAACCGCCUCCUGAGGAUCGUUUGUGGGAACGACACGCUGCAAUGGACCGCCCCAGCAGAUCUGCUACACUUGAGCUCUACAAGGCAGCCAUGUUGCUGAGUGGAGUUGGUGAUGCUUUGGGCUACAGGAACCAGCUGUGGGAGUACAAUGAAUCAGGACCAGCUAUUCACCAGGAGCUCCAGGAACUCGGUGGCCUAAAGAACAUCAAGGCUGAGCUCCCUGACUGGCCCGUGAGUGACGACACAGUUCUGCAUCUGGCUACAGCUGAAGGACUAGCAACAGGAAAGACUGGGGAGGAGCUCAUGCAUGAGGUGGCUGCUCGUUAUGUGGAAGCCAUGAAGGACAUGGAGGGCAGGAAACCAGGGCCUUCGAGCAUUCUGGGGGUUUCCCAACUAAAGCCUGGGGAGGAAGGGGGAUACAGAGUGGCAUAUAACCCUGACGGGACAGGCUGUGGAGCAGCCAUGAGGUCCAUGUGCAUUGGCCUGAGGUAUCCAAAGCCCGACCAGCUGUUGUCAUUGGUGGCGGUUGCUGUCGAGACAGGCAGAAUGACCCAUCCUCACCCCACGGGCUUCCUGGGAGCUGUCGCGUCAGCCCUUUUCACUUCAUACGCCGUCCAGCGCAGGCCAAUCACAACUUGGGGUCUGGGCCUGAUAAACGAAGCCUGCCCAAUAGCAAAGAACUUCGUUCAAGGUCGAGACUAUGCCGUGGAGGAGACCGAGAGAGACUGGGGCUACUUCUGUGACAAGUGGCAAUGGUACCUGGAUCUGAGGGGCCUCGCUCACGGUGUGGGCCCUGUGAUUUGGCCUGCUUCUUAUGGCCCUGCUGAAAGAGACGAAGCCUAUAAGAGCUUCAGCUUGUCAGGUUGGGCCGGACGCAGCGGCCAUGAUGCUCCAAUGAUAGCACUGGACGCCUUGCUGGGCGCAGGUUCAGACUGGGAAGAGCUGAUGAGCAGGGCCGCCUUCCAUGGAGGUGACAGCGACAGCACCGCGGUGAUUGCGUGCUGCUGUUGGGGUCUCCUCUACGGAUUGCAGGGGGUCCCCGAAGGCAACUACGCCAACCUGGAGUACCGGGAGCGACUGGAGCGCAGCGCCGAGCAGCUCUACGCGCUGUCACACUGAGGAAGGUUGCUGCGACCCCGCCGUGCUGACAGAGCGUGUCCCGGACCGCCGCGGCAAGGGGGAAACUGGGCCAUGCGCACUGACACACUGACGUAGAGUUAGCUGGUGCGCUCAGUAGUACAUUGAUUUAGAGAGCUGUCACUGAGCCACAGUAUGUUGUCAUAGUCGCCUGAAGGGGACGCAGAAGCAGAGUGUCCUACUAACCUAAAGAGUCCUCUCUGCCAGAACAAGGACAGAGUGCCUCGUGAUGUUGGCACGGAGGCUAGCGUAUAAGCAGGGGUCCCCCUAGUGACCGUUUUAAAUCAACAGAUUUGCUCCUGUGAGCAGAACGAAUCCAAGCUAAUGAGAAAGUGAAAUGAAUGCCGAGCAUCCUCCGGGAGGUAAUUUGCUUUGUUUUGUUCAACCUGACGUAAUGGCAAACGCUCCAGCCUCAAAUUAAAUGUGCUUUUGCUAAAGGAUAAUGAAAAAUAAAUUGGCAUGCCUCAUUAUGGUCGUUAACUCCUGAAGUGAGAAGGCAAACUGUAAUGCUCCAGACGAAAACAUAAUUAACAAUACAAUAAAUUAAACGCUUUGUAGUUGAGUUGAAAACUUUAUUUUUUGGUCAUUGUUUAUUUUUUAAUUUUUUUUGUCUUGUCCAUUUUUUUGUUUUUUAAUUAGAUUUUCCUACAAGGGGAAAAGAAGGGGAAAGGGGGCGGUUUGUAACUACUGGAUAGAGUUUAAAAAAAAAAAAAAA